UAAAGUCAAAGAAGCCAGUUACUCAUGUUCGCGCCCCGAUGGGUAGUAUCACAUCAAGCUCACCUCUAGAGUUGGUGUGCAUCGACUACUUACAUCUGGAGACCAGCCGUGGUGGCUAUGAGUAUAUCCUAGUGGUCGUUGAUCAUUUUACAAGAUUCGCACAGGCUUACCCCACAAAGAAUAAAAGUGGAAAGACAGCGGCCGAGCGCAUCUUCAAUGACUUCGUCCUCCGCUUUGGAUAUCCCUCAAAGUUGCACCACGACCAAGGCCGUGAAUUUGAGAACGAGCUGUUCCGUACUCUCCAGCAGCUGUCAGGCAUUCGCCACUCUAGAACCACGCCCUAUCAUCCCCAGGGAAACCCGGCGGAGCGGUUCAAUCGGACGAUCCUGCAGAUGUUGAGGACGUUGACCGAUAAAGAAAAAGAACGAUGGAAAGAUCAGAUCUCGAGAGUUGUGCAUGCGUACAAUUGUACUCGCCAUGAGUCGACAGGCUUCUCGCCCUUCUUUCUCCUGUAUGGCCGUCAUCCUCGUCUUCCCGUUGAUCUGCUCUUCGGAUUGCUUGAAGACACAGAGCCUGACUCACCGAAAGGAUACGCGAAGAAGUGGGCGAAGCAGAUGUCUGAAGCCUAUCGAAUUGCCAGUGAGAACAGCAAGCAGGCCAGUGCCAAAGGCAAAGUGCUCUAUGACAAGAGAGCAAGAGGAGUGGUGCUACAGCCUGGCGAUCGAGUCUUAGUCCGGAACCUCAGUGAGCGUGGUGGACCAGGAAAGCUACGAUCCUACUGGGAGAAGGCCAUCUACGUCGUGAAAGAACAGUUUGCUGAUAACCCAGUGUACGUGGUGUAUCCCGAGUCUGGGGACCAGAAAAAGACAAGGACGCUCCAUCGCAAUCUGCUCUUACUCGUGAAUGACCUUCCAGUCGAAGAGCCUCCACGACAGACUGCUCCUGAGAAGGCAACCCAGAAAAGGAGACGACAGACCCGACGUACCACCCCAGAGCGUGCAGACCCACCGCAGGCAGAUUCAGACUCUGACUCCAACUCUGACUCUGAUGGUCCCCGUUACUGGCUGAGAAUACCAGCUGAGAGGAUACAGGAGGUCCCAACGGUAGUCCCACCUCAACGACCAGCCAUCACAGUGAGUCGCCCAAUUACACUACCUGUACGAGAAGAGGUGCGAGUUGACGUAGACUACUUACCUGAAACGGAUCGGGUACCUGUAAGAGAAGCAGAGACGGUAGAACCUGAACAGGAUGAAGUUCAGUCUGAUGAUGCGAGACCCGAGGAGCAAGAUGUAUAUGCUGAGGCUCCAGAGCCCGUCCAGGAAGAGCAACCUCUAGUCAAUGCAAUGCCGGACCAACAGAUAGAGGUCAGGAGGUCAAGUCGAGACAGACAACCUAGACAGAUCUUGACCUAUGAGAGACUUGGUCAGCCCACACUGACGACACAAGCUAGAGUUAACAUGGCGAACACUGACUUACACUCACCUGCUUACACCACACCUCACACUACACAACCCCUGCACCCAUUCAUUCCUUACGCAACACCAACAUAUCCCUUCAACCCCUAUUCCACGCCUUAUCCCCCCUUUACAUACAUACCUUACCCCUUCCCAUCACACCCAUACAUCUUUCCUGUCACCUGUUAAAGAAAGAGAACUUUAGUUCAUUAGAGUUGAGUAGAAAAUGGUGGGACCCAUUUCUUUUUGUCGGGGAGUGUGUGACGACCACAAAAGUGUCACAUUUAUUUUGAAUACAAUUUAUUGUUAUCCAUUUUGAAAAAAGGUACCCCAAAGAGAUUGCAUUUAUUUUUGCGGUGGUUUAUUUCCCUAUUCAAUGUGUAUAUUGCAAUGUUUGCUCCAUGCCAGCAGGGGGCGAGGACGGGUUCGGUUUUAGUGACUUGCAUUGCGUUUUCCCCUCAUUACUGCAAGUGCCUUGAAACUGACAAGCCGUGUCCUCAUCUCUCUCCUGUUUUCAGGACAGUUCUGGAGGCAACAACAAAAGCGCCGAGCCAGAGGACGCUACAACCUCUCAGAUAAGUUGUAAAAGCUGUCAUACUCUGGUGUGUCGACCACAAUGAAGCCGUCAGUGGGAUUGAUCAUUUUGCUUCUCCCUCAUGUCGUCUCAACAGCACCAGUGGAUAGAGACGGGACUCUGAAGCAGCAGGAGGAUUCAGGUGUACGUCAGAUUGUCCUUGACAUCGGCAUCUUCUCUGGCAUCAUCAUUGUCAUUGUCAUUGCUUUCGCCUUGAUAGGAAUGGCAGACAAUCAAGAGUACCUGGAUAGCGACUCUGCAUAUCACCCAGUCAGCGUGGAUACCGACUCUGCAUAUCACCCGGACAACGUGGACAACUGCUGUGAAUAUUGCCCGGCCAACGUGGACAACUGCUGUGAAUGUUUUGGCUUUGCUGAUGCCCCUUCUUCUUCCAUCUCAGCCUCCUCCACCUGCUCAUGCUUUCCAACACUGAACAAAAGGAAGCAGCUCUGUGGUUCUGAAGGGCAGCUGGACAGACUCCACCCCUGGAUCCACCUCCACCUGGAGGACUGAGAGGACAACACAUCACAUCAUCAGCUGUAGAGACGACAGCAGGCACACAUCAGCAGACUGGAUAACUAUA